AUGGAGGGAGCCGGUUACAGGGUGGUGUUUGAGAAGGGAGGCGUGUACCUGCACACCAGCGCCAAGAAGCAUCAAGACCCGGACUCCCUCAUCGCCGGCGUCGUCCGCGUUGUGGAGAAGGACAAUGACGUCCUUCUGUCCUGGGCUCCUGUGGAGGAGGCUGGAGAUGCCACCCAAAUGCUCUUCUCCAAGAAGGAUGCCGGUGGAGGGGACUCCUGCGCCUCUGAGGACGAGCCAAGCUUCGACCCCGGCUAUGAGCCCGACUGGGCCGUCAUCAGCACUGUGCGGCCCCGGCCCCGCCGCUCAGAGCCCUCUGCCGGGGGUGCCGAGCCCAGCUGCCACCGCGACUCCUGGGCCUUCUGGGUGAGCCUGGGGGAGCUCAAAUCCAUCCGCCGCUCCAAGCCGGGCCUCAGCUGGGCCUACCUGGUGCUGGUGACCCAGGCCGGGGGCUCCCUGCCCGCCCUGCACUUCCACCGCGGGGGCACCCGCGCCCUGCUCCGCGUCCUCAGCCGCUACCUGCUGCUGGCCAGCUCCCCGCAGGACUCCCGCCUCUACCUCGUCUUCCCGCACGACUCCUCCGCGCUCUCCAGCUCCUUCCACCACCUGCAGCUCUUCGACCAGGACAGCUCCAACGUGGUGUCGCGCUUCCUCCAGGACCCCUACUCCACCACCUUCAACAGCUUCUCGCGCGUGACCAACUUCUUCCGGGGCGCCCUGCAGCCGCACCCGGAGGGCGCCCCCCGCGACCUGCACCCGGGCCCCGAGGACGAGCCCGAGCCGGGGUUCGAGGUCAUUUCCUGUGUGGAGCUGGGGCCGCGGCCGGCCGUGGAGCGGGCGCCCCCGGUCACGGAGGAGGAGUGGGCCCGCCACGUGGGCCCCGAGGGCCGCCUGCAGCGGGUCCCCGAGCUGAGAGCCCGGAUCUUCUCUGGGGGUCUGAGCCCCAGCCUGAGGCGAGAGGCCUGGAAGUUCCUGCUCGGCUACCUCAGCUGGGGGGGCUCCGCCGAGGAGCACAAGGCGCACGUGCGGAGGAAGACGGAUGAGUAUUUCCGGAUGAAGCUGCAGUGGAAGUCGGUGAGCCCCGAGCAGGAGCGGAGAAACUCCCUGCUGCACGGAUACCGCAGCCUCAUUGAGAGAGACGUGAGCCGCACCGACAGGACCAACAAGUUCUACGAGGGGCCCGAGAACCCGGGGCUGGGCCUGCUGCACGACAUCCUGCUCACCUACUGCAUGUACCACUUCGACCUCGGCUACGUCCAGGGCAUGAGCGACCUCCUCUCCCCGAUCCUCUACGUCGUCCAGAACGAGGUGGACGCCUUCUGGUGUUUCUGCGGCUUCAUGGAGCUCGUGCACGGAAACUUCGAGGAGAGCCAGGAGACCAUGAAGCGGCAGCUCGGGCAGCUGCUGCUGCUGCUCCGGGUGCUGGACCCGCCGCUCUGCGACUUCCUGGACUCCCAGGACUCUGGCUCUCUCUGCUUCUGCUUCCGGUGGCUGCUCAUCUGGUUCAAGAGGGAGUUCCCCUUCCUGGACGUUCUUCGGCUGUGGGAGGUGCUGUGGACAGGGCUCCCGGGCCCCAACCUGCACCUGCUGGUGGCCUGCGCCAUCCUGGACAUGGAGCGGGACACCCUCAUGCUCUCCGGCUUCGGCUCCAAUGAGAUCCUCAAGCACAUCAACGAGCUGACCAUGAAGCUGAGCGUGGAGGACGUACUGACCAGGGCCGAGGCCCUCUACCGGCAGCUGACCGCCUGCACGGAGCUGCCCCACAACGUGCAGGAGGUCCUGGGCUUGGCCCCGCCCGCAGCGCCGCACAGCCCCUCGCCGCCCGCCUCCCCGCUGCCGCUGUCGCCCACCCGCACCCCGCCGGCCCCGCCGCUCCCCGCGGACCCGGCUGCGCAGCCCGACAGCAGCCUGGAGAUCCUGCCGGAGGAGGAAGAGGACGGCGUGGGCUCCUAG